AUGUUGGAAAAAAAAGAAAGAUCAAUUAAAAAAAAAAAAAUUUAUAAUAAGAAUUAUAUUCACUUAAAAAAAAAAAAGAAAAAAGUUAAAGCAAAAAAUGAUUCGGAAUUUUUAGAUGAAAGAGAUCAUUUGCAAAAAGAAAUUGAUGAGAAGUUAGAAAAGUUAGUAGAGGAAAAUAAAAAGAAACGUUAUGAUGAAGAAUGGAAAAAUAAUUUUAGGAACAAUGAUUGCAGUGAAAAAAAAGAUAAAAAUGAAUAUAAUGAAAAAAAAAAAGAAAAAAAAUACAAGAAUAAUUUAACAAUAAUUGACAAAAAUGUCUUAACUUCUCAAGAAUUUAAAUCCUUACCAAUAAGUAAAAGGACAUUAAAAGCAUUGAAUGAAAAAAAUUUUACGUAUAUGACUAAUAUACAGGCUGUAUCCAUUCCUAUAGUUUUAUUGAAUAAACAUAUAUAUGCUCAAGCGCAAACAGGAACUGGGAAAACUUUAUGCUUUUGUAUCCCGCUAGUUGAAAAAAUGUAUAGAAACAGUAUUGAUUGCUAUAAUAAAAUUUUAGGUGGGCUAAUAAUAACUCCAACAAGAGAAUUAGUAUUUCAAAUCUUCGAAGUUUUAAAUAUGUUAAAUAAAUAUCAUAAACUAAAUAUUUGUUGUGUUAUUGGUGGAAAAAAUGAAGAAAAAGAAAAAUCAGUUUUUAGUUAUGCAAAUAUUAUUGUAUGCACAACUGGAAGAUUAUUAUAUCAUCUAGAAAAUAAUUAUUUUUGCAAUUUAGAUUAUUUAAGUACUUUUAUAAUUGAUGAAAUAGACAAAUUAAUAGAUAAAAGUUUUUAUGAUAAUUUGAAGAAUAUCUUGUUAUAUAAACCAAAAGAAAACUGUCAAAUAUGCUUAUUUUCAGCAACCAUAUGUAAAUUCUUAAAUGUUAUAUUACAAACAUUUAAUAUAAAAGAUUAUGAAUAUGUAAGUAUUAAUGAUAAUGAUAAAUAUAUAGAAAAUAACAAUGUUAAACAAAUUUAUAUUGAAUGCAACAUAUAUGAUAAAAUUAAUUACUUAUAUACAUUUUUAUUCUCUAAGAAAAAUAAAAAAAUUAUUGUUUUCUUUUCCACUUGUAAACAAGUACGUUUUAUGUAUGAGGUUUUCAAGAAAAUUAAAGUAGGUGUUAUGAAAUUUUUACAAUUACAUGGGAAAUUAAAACAAACUUCCAGAUUAAACACUUAUCAUUUUUUUUCUAAAAGAAAAAAUUUUACGUGUUUAUUUACUACUGAUAUUGCAUGUAGAGGAUUAGACUUUGCUUCAGUAGACUGGGUUAUUCAUUUUGAUUUUCCUGAAAAUGUUGAAACUUUUAUUCAUAGGUCAGGAAGAACAGGUAGAUUUACUAACGUUGGUAAUAGUCUUAUUUUUUUAACUAGUGAAAUUGAUAAUAAAAAUAUAUUUUUAAACGUAUUAAAAGAAAACAAUAUAGAAAUUAAAGAAAAGUUUAUUAAAAAACAAAAGUUAUUUGAUAUAAGCAAUAAAAUACAUUCCUUAAAUGCAGCUUUUGUAGAAAUAAAAUAUUUAGCUAAAAAGGCAUUAAUCAUAUAUUUGCGACAUUUAUACAUUGUUAUGAAAUUUAAGGAUAUAAAAAAAAUAGAUUUAAAUAAAUUAGCAUAUUCCUAUGGAUUAAUUGAAUUCUCCAAUUCAAUGUUAGAAGAAUUAGACUUAAUUGAACAAAAGAAAGUAGAAAUAAAAAAAAAAAAAUCAAGAUUAGAAAAAUUUUUAGAAAUAUUAAAAAGCAAAAAAUUGAAAAAAAAUAAUAAACAUAAUGAGGAAUUAAAAGAUGAUGAAAAUAAAUGCUAUUUAAAUGGUGAGAAUAAUGAUAUUAAUGAUGAUGAUAAUAGUAAAUAUAAAAUGAAAAGUAAACGAAGUUCAGAUAUGCAUACAGGAGAUGAUUUUAAAAUGAAUGAAGAUUUGUCAAAUAUAAAUAUAAAUGAAUCAGAUGAUCUAUUUACUCGAAAAAAAGUUGAAAUUCAAGAUAACAUUCCUUUAAUGUUUCCAAGUAAAAAGAGAAAAAAAAGGGUUAAAGUAGCUAAAACAUUAAGUAAUAGUGUUUUGUAUGAUGAUAAUGGCAAUGAAAUAAUUGACGAUAAUGUUAAAUUUAAAAUUUUAGUAAAUGAAUUAAAUGAAAAAAAAAUAUUUGAGGAAGAAAAUAAGGAAAUGAAUGAUAAUAUUACUUGUAAUGAAAAAGCUUAUAUUGAAUCUUUAAAAGAAAAGGUUAAAAAAUGUAACGAAAAAAUAAAAAUAAAAAAAAUAAGGGAAAAAGAAAAACUUAUACAAAACAAAAAGGAUACAUCUAGCUCAGUUGAAUAUUCAGAUCAAAACGUAUAUAAUUUUAGUGAUAACAAUGAGCAAUGUGGGGAUUCAAGCAGUGAUAGCCAAUGGCACAAAUAUGAAGAAAAUACAAAUGAUCAUUUUAUUAAAAAUAAUGAAGAAAAAAAUCUUAAAAAAGAUAAAGAUAAAAUAAAUAGGAAUCAGAAAGACAAUCUCAAUGAAGAUAUAUCGGAGUUAGAAAAUAAAGUGAUGAUGUUUUUAUAA